AUGAAUAUUCAAAAUGUCUCCAUCCAGGGAUUAACCGAACAUCAACGGACUCCGGUACUUUCAACCGGAAGCGCCCACAUAGAAUUCGGCCGUCGUGUCGUCGAGACGGAAAAGCGAUUGGGAAAUUGGAAAAUGCGUACCUUACAGUAUUACAAUUCAAUCCUCGUGUUCUCGACGACAUCAAGUCAACGUUUUUAA